AUGGAUGAAGAUAAACCCACUUGUUGGGCUAUUGUUCGAGUAUUCGUACUUGGAUUGUCUUCUGCCGGGCGACGUAGUUUAGCUGUACCAAAGCAACAUGUUUUACUUCGAGCAAAUAUUCCUGCACAGUUUCGUUUUCAGUCUUCAGAUUCGGCAGCAUAUACAGCAACGUAUGACUUUGAAACACUCACUGUUACAGCUCCUGACGAUCACAUCUUACAUGUAGAACUAAACCGUCCAGAAUGUUAUAAUGCUAUGAAUAAAAUGUUUUGGAGGGAGAUGCUAGAUUGUUUCAGAAAAAUUCGUGAUGAUCGAUAUUGCAGAGCCGUGAUAAUAUCAGGUUCAGGGCAACUAUUUUCAGCUGGUUUGGAUUACUCUGAUAUGCAAGAUCUUACUUCGCAAGUAGCAGGAAAGGGAGAUGUUGCAAGAAAAGCAAAAUUUUUGUUGUCUCUCAUUGCUAAGUACCAGGAAUCUUUCAAUGCUGUUGAGAAUUGUCAGAAACCAGUUAUUGCUGCCAUUCAUGGGAAAUGUAGUGGAGGUGGUGUGGAUCUUAUAUGUGCAUGUGAUAUCAGGUACUGCUCAGCAGAUGCUUUCUUUGAGAUAGAGGAAGUGGAUGUUGGCAUGGCUGCUGAUAUGGGAACUUUACAGCGGCUCCCAAAAAUAGUUGGAAAUGAUAGUUUAGUGAGAGAGUAUGCGUAUAGCUGCGCUAAGAUUGAUCCCCAAGAAGCUAAAACUAUAGGACUUAUUGGCAGAGUUUUUCCUUCGAAGGAUGCAAUGAUGACUGCUGCUUUAAGCUUAGCUAAAGUCAUUGCUUCUAAAAGUCCAGUUGCAAUUCAGGGAACAAAGGUCGCCUUGAAUUUUUCUAGAGAUCACAGUGUGCAAGAUGGGCUGCAGUUUAUGACAUACUGGAACAUGACAAUGCUUCAAAGUGAAGAUGUUCUAAAAGCUGCUGAAGCAACUAUAAAUAAAUCUGAGAAACCUCCAAAAUAUUCUAAGUUGUAAUAAAAUAUAAAGUAAAUAAAUGUAUGUUGAGAUCUCUGUUAUAGCUUGUAGGUUCUGAUUAUAUUAAUUCAGGCAUGUGUACUUAUUUUAACUUAACAUGAUAUUUCUUAUUUAAUAUUGGCGGUUCUGAGUUUUAAUAAGUUUCUUCUUUCCUAAGUUUGUUUUAUACUAAUUUCACAGUAUUCUAGUGUCUUGAAUUAAAGCAUUUUAAUAUUUUUUUGUACUUUGGUACACUUAAAAUAAGUGGAGAACAUUUGUAUCAAUUAUUUUUAUUCUCAUAUCUUUGUGGUGGGUAAUGGAAAAAAAUAAUCCAUUUAUUUCCUUCCAUAUGGAGUAAGUUAAAUAAUUAAAUGCUUAUUUCAUAUUUGUUUAUAUAUUUUGAUGUGGUUUUACUAUAUAUUUAUAAUGAAACUUUUGUACUUAGAAAUUCAGUUGAAACAAGCUAAAAAGUCAUUUUAUUGUAAUUAUAAAAAUGUCUAAAAUUUAAUUUUUUGAUUUGUAAUUUUGGAAAAUUAUUUUUGUGCUGCAGUUACUGUAAAGAGUUUAUAUGAUUUAAAACUUGAAAACUAAAUAAAAUACGCUUAAU